UGAUUUGCGCGCCAAAUGUUGUAUACUAUUCGCAAGGAGGAAAACAGCCUGCUUCGAAUCCUGCGGGUGUUCAAUUUGAAAGACAUGCCAGGUUUGCUAGCUGAAAGAAAAUCAGGAAUGGCUACUCCGGAAAUCGCUGGUGAAACUGACAGUGCAAGUGAUAAAGAAAAUAGUGAGGAUUCACAUUUUGUUCGGAGAAGCACAAGAAGGAUGUCAAAGCCAGAAUUCUUGUCAGUAUCAUUUGUAAGUCCAAGAGGUAUACCAGGAAAAAGCCCCACCCAGUUGUCUCCUGGGAAUUCGUCCCCAAUAUAUUCACCAAAUCAGUCAUCAGAACAUGAAGCAACAGAGGAUAACAAAGCAAGGACUGAGGAUUCAGAAGAAGAUUUAAGUGAUCAUGAAGUAUCAUUCAAAAAGCCUGCCAUGCCAAGUCAAAGAGGAAGGAAAAGAAAAAGUAGCAACUUAGGAAGAGAGGAAGCAAAGAAAACAAGAAAGAGUGGGGGUGGUCGGAAGAAAGCACAAGCAUCAGGUCAAAAGCAUGGAAUGCCAAAUAUGUCUGAUGAAGAAGAACAGUCACUUUUUGAUAUUGUUAAAGGUGGAAAAACAGCAUUGCGGGCUGUACUUGAUGAUUGGAUUGAAACAUACAAUGAAGAUAAGGAGGGUGCAAUGGUGGAUCUUAUUCAGUUUUUUGUACAGUGCUGUGGUUGCAAAGGAAAAGUAACAAGGGAUAUGAUAGAGGCGGAAGAGACAGUUCAGGCGAUAAGACAAUUGACAGAGACAUUUGAUGAGGACAGUCAUGAAUACCCACUCAUUGCAACUGGUCCUGCUAGCAAGAAAUUCAAGAGCAACCUGUCACAUUUUGUUGAGCUGCUAAUCAAUCAAUGCCAAUACAAUGUUAUCUAUGAUGAAAUUAUGAUGGAUACUCUAAUUAGUUGGCUGAUUGGCCUGUCAGACUCACAAGUCAGAGCGUUUCGACAUACAAGCACCUUUGCAGGCAUGAAAGUUGUAACUGGUUUAAUCAACGUGGCUUUAAAAGUCAGUGUCGAAUCAGACAAUACACAACGACAGCUUGAUACAGAAAAUAAGAAGCCAGUUAACAAAAGAUCUCGUGAGAAUGUCGAAAUGUUGCAAAGAAAACGAGAAGAGCUGAGGCAAAAUGUUGCAGAUUUGCAAGAAAUGAUGACGAGAAUUUUCUCAGGAAUUUUCGUACAUAGAUACAGAGAUGUCCGUCCGGAGAUUAGAGCAACUUGCAUUUGUGAGAUAGGGUUAUGGAUGAAAAAUUACAGCUCUUUCUUCGGAAUAGCAGAGCAAACAUACACCAAAUAUAUUGGAUGGACUUUACACGAUAAGGUUGGCGAAGUGCGUCUUACAGCUCUGCAAGUCCUGCAAGGGCUUUACGAAUGUGACAGCUUUGUGCCACAGCUGGAACUUUUUACAGAAAGAUUUAAGGAGCGAAUUGUUUGUAUGACGCUUGACAAAGAAAGUGAUGUUUGUGUCCAGGCAAUUAAAGUAGCUGGUCUCUUCUUCAAACACGACUUGCUCAUGGAAGAAGAUGCCAGUCAAGUGGAUCAGCUGGUGUUCUGUGACCAGAGAUCCGUUGCCCAUGCUGCUGGAGAAUUUCUUAACAUGCGUCUUUUUUAUCAGGGAAAUGAGGAAGAAGUGGAUGUUGUUAUUAAGUCUCCUUCAACGGGAAGAAAGGGUACGAAAGGAGCCCUGAUCAAACAGACCAACAUGAAAUAUUUAGUGGAUUUUUUUGUCAAUUCUCAGAUUCACGACCAUGCUGCAUAUUUGGUUGACAGUCUAUGGGAAUACACUGACUUGAUAAAGGACUGGGUAAACUAUUCCAACAUUCUCUUGGACACAAGCUCUUUGAUCGAGCUUGAUGACGCCGGUGAGACAGCAUUGAUAGAAAUUAUGGCAGCUUCAUGCAAACAAGCUGCUCUUGGUCAUGGCCCGUCCGGAAGAGUUGUCAAAAAGACGGCAAGUGCUAGAGAAAAGAGGCUUUUGAUCGAAGAAAGACACACUCUGAGUAGCCAUUUUAUGACUGUACUCCCCCACCUUCUUGCCAAGUUCGAAGCGGAUGUUCACAAGACAACAAAUUUAAUUGCUAUUCCCCAAUGCUUUGAACUUGAGCUCUAUGCUGAGAAGCGGCUUCUCAAGCACCUUGAAGAUCUUCUUGGCCACUUGGAAAACAUAGUCUUAAAGCAUGGAGAUGAAAAGCUUUUGGAAACCUGCUCAAAGACUCUCCAGUUCUUAACAGAUAACGACCUCAUCAUUCAGCAAACUGCGGAACUUGCGAGGCACCGCAUAGUUGACCAAGUUGUCGAAAAGUUCCAGUCAAGUAUUUCAUCUGGCAUUCCAUCGGAGGUUGAGGACAAAGAGGAGCAAGAAUACUACAAUGUUCUUGUCAGCUUGAAGCGGAUUGCUGCCCUUUACAAGGCGCACGACUUAAGAGGGUGGGCCCUGCAAAAAGACCUCCAUGGAAUCAUCGAUCAAGGCACAAAAGAUUCUGUGGACGAUGAUGUAUUGCGACUGUCAUUGAACUGUAUGCAUACGUCCUUGCUAUGGAGUUUGGCAGAACUUGAUCCAAAUAAGCCAUCAAAGAGUGAACUCAAGGCCUUACGAAAAAGGCUCUACGCGUUUAUGUCUCAUCUGGACCAACUUGUGCAGUACAGCAGCGACGUGAUCAAAACUGAGGCAUUCCUGAUCUUCUCUGAUUUACUCGUUUUCUUUGCCAAUCAGCUGAAUAACACAUCUCCUCUUUUAAGAACAUUGGUUUAUGAGGCGGAAAUGAGUGUCCAGGUGCGGUUGAGAGACUUCACAAUGGCUCACGUGUUUGCCGAUAUUGACGAUGAAAAUGACUUUGACGACGUUGAUGAAGGCGAUGAUUUCAAGGCACAAGAACUCAACCAGAAACGAACAGUGUUGGCAGCGUUCUGCAAGCUGAUAGCUUUCAACAUCUUUGACAUGAAAUUAGCCGCUCCAGUUUUCGCGCAGCUAAUUCGGGCCUAUUCUGGCUACUCAGAUAUCAUCAAACACACAAUGAACAAAGUCAAGGAAAUCAAUGCAAUUGCUUUUGCCAAGACGCUCUUACUCAGCCUGCAACAGGCUUUCGAGGUCUUACGAGAAGAAAGCGGUGGAACUGAAACUUCCUCUGAAGGAUUUCAUGCUUUGAAAGACCUUGCUAGAAGAUUUGCCCUUCUCCAAGGUGUAAACAUAAAAUCGGAUCAAUCGAGAAAAUGUUCAUUGACAUUACACAGAGAUGGUAUUUUGUAUGCUUUGGCUCAUCCAGAAUUGACGAAGCUACGAACGAAGUGGUGCCUAGGAAUCUAGCUUUUUUUGAAGUUCUGCACGAACUCAUCUUUCGGCUUGCUGCUCAAGAUCGCACGGGGAAGCAUGGAGUGCUACCAUUUUUUGAGGAGCGGGCAAAGGAUUACCUGGAUAAAUCUGGUGACGUAUGGGUGCCACUGACAAUGUAUAAGAACGGAUUGCACGCAAAAGAAGUUGAUGUUGUUGUCACAGAAGAAAACCACG